CCAUAUAUUUUCAAAAUUUCCCUCUCAAAACUAUGAUUUUGAAUAUUCUUCAUUUCAAUUUCCAAUAAUUCCCCACCACAUUUUGCAAUUCCUUUUUUUCUCAUUUGCUUCCGCCAUGGACGACGAUCACCAUAACCAAGAAAACUUUUUUCAAUCCUUCCCUAAUCUCGUCUCUUUCGCAUCCCCUCUUCAUACACCUUCCCACCGCCGUCUUUCCAGUAACUUCACUCAACCCAGACCCCCGAUCCCCGCUCCUAGACGCCUCUCUUGGGUUUCUCUUCAGGGGAGGCUCGUUAACGCCCAACAAGCUAGCUCGGUCCCAUCUAUUGGAGGCGGCUUUGGCCCUGACGAAGCCAUUGCUUGGCAGUUGUUCAGCCCCAUUGAACGGUUUCUUAUAGUUGCCGUCAUUGGCGUUGCUGUUUCUGAGUCCAAGAGCAACCAUCAGAUCGGCCAGCUUAAACGAGCUGUUGAACUUAGGGAUCAAGUGCUUCUAAGUAUGCAACAGAAGCUUGAUGAUCUAUGUAAUCAAGUCAAUCCUGUUAAGGAUCAAUCUGGAACUGAAAAUGACAUGGCUUUGAAAAAGAAUGCUGACUUGGAAGAUUCUGGGGCCUUUGGGAAUGAUAAGAUUAAGUUCGAUGAUUGUGGGUGUUGGCUUUGUGAUGAGCAUCUGGAUUUACUCAGUCGUUUGGAGCAGGGUAACGCCGCUACAAAACACUCUUGCGGGGCAGAAAUGUUGCAAUACAAAAUGCCACUAAUUAACCAAGCAGAGCAAGAGGAGCGAAGAAUGUCUGAUUUGUCUGAUUGGGCUUCCAGUGUCACUUCUGUUGCUGAUAUACAGAUGAAUACCUUAUCCAUUGAACAAGAUAUGUUAUUUCUGAAGAAAGAUUGCGAGGAGAAAGACGCAAGCAUCAAGGAAUUAACUAAUUUACUCCAUUCGUCUGAGGUUUAUGGUUCACAGAGAAUUUCAGAGUUGGAAGACAUCAUUCGUCGGAAGAACAUGAUUAUUACAAAGCUGAAAAAGGACAUGGUUGUUCUUGAACAGAAGGUUAUUCAACUGACGAGGCUUCGAAGGCCCUCUUCGUGCACAUCGAACUCGGAAAUGCAGCCGAUCCCUUACAUGACAGAUAACCUUCUUUACGACAUGGAAAGUAGUACGAGUCCUUCAUCUUCAGACUCAGACUGCUCCCAUUCAGAAAGCUCACAACCUCCCCCCACAAGAAAGCAGGAUAAUAUCGUCCAUCAUAUUCAAAAGAAAGAGCCUUGUUUGACAAGAACAUCCCUGAAAUCAGGUACUAAAAAGAGACCUCCAACUUCAGAUUCUCGCUCAAAGCCUCAAAUGGCAACCCCUCUUAAAGAAAUUACAUCGUCAACGCCAUCGUCCAGGCAAAGAGGAGGGGGAGAGGUAGUAGUAGUCCGUGGCAAUGGGAAUGUGGAUUCGACAAAUAUGAGAAGACGCUUACAAACUGUGGGUAAGGACACACCUCAACGAAAGAGACAUAUUUAGUAAAACAGAUAAAGAUUUGGAAAACUAUGAUUAGUUAGAACGAACAUAAUUGAGAAGAUGGGUUUAAGGUUAGGUGGGAAAAUGAUUUUGGUGGAAGAUAGUUGAUGUAUUUAUGCAUUCACACAUUGAAAUCUAUGAAUUUGAAGAAUAUGAUGCACAAAACUGUGAGACAUGAUGGCAUGUAAUGUCAAUGUUAGUUAAUACAAUUAAAAUGUGUAUUAUUUAAGAACA